AUGUCCUUUUCCUCCAACCUCACUUUUGCUCCUGGUGAACCAAAUUCAGAUUUACAAGCGAUUUUGCAGAAGAAAUGGUCGAUCCACUUGAUAACCCUUUAUUCCUCUGGCAACAACUUGAUCAUUCUAUUAACAGAUACAAGCAACAACAAUGGCACUAUCGACCAUAGCACUGCCUUCAACAACAAUGGCACCAUCCUACAGACUGUCUACUUUGACAGCGACAUUGUAUCCUUAGACUUGAAUCCCUUCAAUGGCCUAAUCGCUGUCUCAACAUCGGUCAACAAAGUCUUCUUCCUCAAGCCAAUAGAAACCUUCAUGAUAGUUCCCAAAUGGCACGACAACAAAUUGCUCAUACACAAGACAAAUACUGUUAUCAACACUUUGGCUUGGGGUAACUCCAAUGAAAUUGUUUUGGGCACAAAUAACUCCAUAAUACUAUUCUAUCUAGUGGAAAAUUUCGGCUUAUACUCGGAUUUCAAACAAAUCUAUAAACUAGCUCAACCAAACAAAAUCAACUCAAUUAAAUUCAAUUUGAAUUCAAAUAUUAUAAUAACUUAUUCAAAUUAUGACUACUUUUUAAAAAUUUACAACAGAUUGAAUUUCGAUCACAAAAACACCUCUUUCAAUCUCACUUACUUGAGUCAUUCAUCAUAUAUAACAGACUUUAGAUUCAAAGAUAACUUCAUUAGGCCUGCUUCUCAAAAUAAAAACGCUAAUGACAGCUUAACUAAAAAUUCAGCUGAUAACGAUAAUAACACCAAUAAAAGUGAAGUUGUAUACACCUUAACCAAUAACAACAUCUUGAGAAUUUUCACCACUUUUGAGCUUGAAAAGAAUCAGAUAUUCAAACUUGUUGCAUAUCUAGAUCUAAACAAUAACUUUCCUUCUUCAAUAUUAUCCCCGUCAAUCAUUCGCUAUAAACUUGAAAAUAAACCAACUCUAAUUUUAGAAAACAUCAUCAAUCUAAAUCUAGAUUUAUUGAUUAUUUCUGAUAAAUCUGGAAAUUUAACACUAUAUCUAAUAGAAAACUUAAACUCAAUCCCUCAAAAAUUAAUCAAAUUCAUACCUUUAAAAUCCUUAAAUUUCCUAAAUAAUCCUUUAACCUUUUGUCCACUCACUUUUCCAAAAGAUCCAAAUUUUGGAAACAAGGCCAAAAAUGGCUUGUUUGAUAACCAUAAACCACUAAGAAUAAACACCAGUAGUGCUUUACUAAGCAAUCAUAAAAGAUAUCCUGUUAGAUACUUGAAAACAUCACUACAAAAUAAAUUAACAGGCCAUCAAAAAUCUAUUCAAAGUCUAUUCAAAUCCAAUAAUGGUGAGGCAAUGCUUUCUACUUCAAGAUUUAAUGAAAAUCAUGUCUGGAUACCAAUCAUUGUCAACGACCACAACAUCAAUGACCUAAAACAAACAAAAAAUAAAAGAAACAAUGCUAAUAGAAAAAAAUUUAAAAAAACAAACGGAAAAGUAAUACUACUAAGAAAAACAAUGUUAAUCACCGAAAACCCCAUCUUAAAUGCAAUUUUGCUAAGAGAUGGCGAUUUUAUCAUCACUUACCUUGGAAAUCAUUCAUUAGCUCUAUAUCAAUGUAAAGGCAAAAAAUUCUCAAACUCAUUGUUUAAUCUUCCUAUUAAAUUUGAAAAAAAAAUUCUUAAUACCAAAAAUCACAAUGAUUUAAACUCAUUUUGUUUUGUUCAUAUUCCAGAAGUCUAUAGCGAUUUUACUUCAGAUAUUCAUUACCUAAUAGCAGUAUACCCGUUGGUAAAAUUGUCUAAAGCUUGGAAAAUAGAUUUAAAAAAUAACAAUAUUAGUGAAAUCGCAAUAAACAGUUUACCCCAAGACUAUGAAGAUGAAGAUAUUAAAAGCUACAGCAGUAUUGAUCCCGUGGGUUGGUCUGGUAAAUCAAACAAAGUUUAUAAAAAUAACAUUUUUACCACAAUUUCUUCAACUGGUCUACUUAAAUCCUAUUAUGCUGAUGUUGAUAAAGGUUCAAAUAAAAUAUAUUGGAAAAUCAGCUAUAAAAUUGAAACUGGUAUAAAAAACGCUUCUUUGAUAAAAGAAUCUUCAGUCAAUAAAAUUGCAAUUGUCGAUUCAUCUACCAAUGUUUUAACAAUUUGGGAUAACAAAAAUUGUAUAUUAGAGUAUUCUGAACAAUUUCCUCAAAAUGAAAAAAUAUUUGAUGUUGAUUGGACAUGUAAUUGGAAAAAACAAUCAAUUUUGUCCAUUGGUUUUGCUCAAAAGGUGAUUUUAUAUUCUCAAAUUCGUUACGACUAUACAAAUAACAUGCCUUCAUUUACCUCUAUAAAAAUCAUAUCACUUCCAAAUCUAACUUCGCAUAUUAUAGGUGAUUCAUUGUGGCUAAAAGAUGGUACACUAGUGAUUGGUUGCGGUAAUCAAUUGUUUGUUUCAAGUAAAUAUUUGGAUAUUGAAAAUGAUAUAUACACAAAAAAAGUUAUGGCAAAUAGAAUUUCAGAUAAUAUUGAAACCAUUUUUGAUAUAUGUUCUUUGUUGAAUGGACCACUACCGCUUUACCACCCCCAACUUAUUAUCCAAUGUCUAUAUAUGGGGAAAAUAGAUCUAGUUAAAAAGAUUUUGCUAAAUCUUUUUAACCGGCUAAGAAAAUUGGACUUGAAUCCAGAAUUUACAAUUAACAAUCUUGGCACAACAUUAGGGAUCCCUAUUCUUUCAUUCUAUGACAAAAAUUGCGCCGAAUACGAUGAAGAAUUGACCACUGAAACUUACAGGGAAUAUAGCGAUACAGUAUCGAGUCUUUUAAAAGAAAAGUUAACCUUAAUUUCGUUGCCAUAUUUGACAAGACAUCAGCAAAUCACCCUUUUAUCUGUUAUUGAAUCAUUAACAGAAAUUGAGAAAAAUAGAUAUUCAUUGGAUGAAAAUGCACUUAAAUAUUACAUGGGAUUAAAGCUAUUAGAAUCGCACAAAUCAUUACAAUUCAAAUUAAAUAUGAGAGAUAUACUAUUUGCUCUUCAUUCUGAAAAUAAAGAAAUUUUGAUCAAUAUGAUAAACAACAAGAAUAAUUUUAAAAUUAACUGGGCUCUUUGCAAAAAAUAUGGGUUUCAUUACUGGGUGAAUAACACGCAAUUAAAGAGACAAUUUGAAAUAAUUGCGAGAAACGAAUUUGCAAGUUCAAUAAAGAGUGAUGGGAAAAAAGAUCCAGAAAAUUGCACAUUAUUUUACUUGUCUUUAAAAAAGAAAAACAUCCUAAUUGGGCUAUGGAAAACAUGCUAUGGGAAUCCAGAACAAUUAAAGACAAUAAAAUUAUUAAAUAACAAUUUUAAUGAUCCAAAAUGGAAGAAAGUUGCUAUAAAAAAUGCAUUUGCUUUGUUGUCUAAACAUCGAUACUAUUAUGCCGCCUGUUUUUUUCUUCUUGGUGACUCUUUGAAGGAUUGUGUUAGUGUCUUGAUUAAACAGGUCAAAGAUGCUGAGUUAGCUAUUGCGGUUACUAGAGUUUAUGAUGGAGAUACUUCUGAUGUGCUUAGAAAAGUGCUUAAUAAUCACUUAUUGGUUGAUGCUAUAUUAAAUGGUGAUAGGUGGACCACAAGUUGGGUUUAUUGGAUGCUAAGGGAAAAUCAAAUUGCAAUUCAAGCAUUAAUAAAAGCCCCAUAUAAUUUAUUUUUAUUUUCAAAUGAAAAAACCGGUGGCAAAAAACCGUUUUUGACUGAAAGUAUGUCUUAUUUGGUAGACGAUCCUGUUUUGAUGAUUUUAUAUAAUAAUCUCAGGCAAAAUAAUAUAGAAUAUUUUCAAGGUUCUUUAUUAGUGCCCAUUGAGGUUGAAUUUGAGUUUGUUUUGAAAAUAGCAAAUAUUUACAGCAGAAUGGGUUGUGAUUAUUUGGUAUUGGAUUUGCUUUCUAAUUGGUUUUUCUUUCCAUUAACAAUAAGUAAAAAUACUGAGAAAAAAGACAUGAAUGAAUCACUUGCUACUAUCACAAGUCAAAGUACUUUUGUUGAAAAGGAUUUAAGUUUAAACAAAUUUAAAAAAUUCAAUUUCAAUGAUUUUUCUCCAGCAAAACCUGUUUCGAAUUACGGUUAUGCAAAUGAAGCUCAGUCAAUUUUUGAUAGUUUUUUUUAA